AUGUUGAGUUCCUCAUACAAUCGUUACAAUCGUAAUAGUACUCGCAUUACAGGUCUGCCACACUUCGCCGUGGACAUCUGGCGUAACUGGGGUCGUGACACUUUCAUCGCCCUUCCUGGUUGUUUACUCGCAACUGGACGAUAUUAUGAUGCUAAGAAUAUAAUCCUCUCCUAUGCUGGCGCUCUACGACAUGGACUUAUUCCAAACCUACUAGCAGAAGGCAAA